GUCAAGUCUGCUUCGGGACAUUCGACAUUUUGUCGCCUUUCCUCGGUAAACAGGCAGAAUAACUUAGCGAAGGCAGCCCCGGGGCGCUCGGCUCACCCGUAAAUCUCGUCGGUGUCGGUUGGAAACUGAACUCAGACACCAUGUGGUAUGAAAUCCUGCCGGGCUUCGCUAUCAUGACCGUGUGUUUGAUCAUUCCCGGCGUCGCCACCGCACAGAUCCACAAGUUCACCAACGGCGGAAAGGAAAAGAGAACAGCGCGAGUCCCCUGGCACUGGUACCUGAUGCAGAGAGACAAGCGGCUAUCAGGAACAGGAGAGUACUACCACUCCAAGGGUCUUGAAAGCAUCAAAUGAAGAAACGGAGGAAGUCUCUCAUAUGGAAACAUUCGUUAUUGUACAUUAAAAAAGAUUAUAGAUAAUUCAGUUGUGUGUCUUUUAAUAAAUUAACACAGUCCUGUCUCCCAGA